GAGGAGGAAGCGGGCAGCGGCCGGAGGGAGAGGCGAGCUCGGGAGGGGCGGGGCCCAUGGAGGGAGACCGAGGGCCUCUCGGGGUAGAUGCUUACAGCCAUAAUGGAUGAUUUAAACCUGCACUACAGAUUUCUGAACUGGAGGAGAAGGAUCCGGGAGAUUCGAGAGGUGCGAGCUGUUCGCUACCAAGAAAGGUUCAAACAUAUCCUUGUUGAUGGAGACACAUUAAGUUACCAUGGAAACUCUGGUGAAGUCGGCUGCUACGUUGCUCCUCGCCCACUGACCAAAGACAACAAUUAUUUUGAGGUGUCAAUUGUGGACAGCGGUGUGCGAGGGACCAUUGCAGUGGGGCUGGUGCCUCAGUAUUAUAGCCUGGACCAUCAACCCGGAUGGCUACCGGAUUCAGUUGCCUACCACGCCGAUGAUGGCAAACUUUACAAUGGCCGAGCCAAGGGCCGUCAGUUUGGGACAAAAUGCAGCUCUGGGGACCGGAUCGGCUGUGGGAUUGAGCCAGUGUCUUUUGAAGUCCAGACAGCUCAGAUAUUCUUCACCAAAAAUGGAAAGAGGGUGGGCUCCACUAUAAUGCCACUUUCCCCAGAGGGCCUCUUCCCAGCUGUGGGAAUGCACUCACUUGGGGAAGAGGUCAGACUCCAUCUUAAUGCGGAGCUGGGCAACGAGGAAGAGGACGACAGCAUCAUGAUGGUGGACAGCUAUGAGGAUGAAUGGGGCCGACUGCACGAUGUGAAAGUGUGUGGCACACUCCUGGAGUACGUGGGGAAGGGGAAGAGCAUAAUUGACGUGGGUCUAGCCCAAGCUCGGCAGCCACUAAGUACCAGGAGUCACUACUUUGAAGUGGAGAUCGUAGAUCCAGGAGAGAAAUGCUACAUUGCACUGGGCUUGGCUCGAAAGGACUACCCGAAAAACCGGCAUCCUGGCUGGAGCAGGGGCUCUGUGGCCUAUCAUGCAGAUGAUGGCAAGAUCUUUCAUGGGAGUGGAGUGGGUGACCCCUUUGGGCCUCGCUGCUACAAGGGAGACAUUAUGGGCUGUGGGAUCAUGUUCCCGCGUGACUACAUCCUUGACAGCGAAGGUGACAGUGAUGACAGCUGUGACACGGUGGCUAUCCGGGCCAAACCGCGAGGCGUGAGGAAUGUCCUUUACUUGCACCAGGAAGCUGAGGAGGAGGAGGAGGAGGAAGAGGAUGGGGAAGACAUGGAGCAAGAACAUGAAGGCAAGAAAGUGGUGGUGUUCUUCACGCGCAAUGGGAAGAUUAUUGGCAAGAAAGACGCUGUGGUGCCGUCUGGGGGCUUUUAUCCCACUAUUGGGAUGCUGAGCAGUGGAGAGAAGGUCAAGGUAGAUCUGCACCCACUCAGCGGCUGAGAAUGAAGGGGCGUGGGGAGCCUUUCUCUUUCCUGCGCCAUUCCUUGGGACUGGCCUGUUGUUCAGGUUGUUCUCUGUUGGACUUCCAGCCUCUGCCUCCAGGGGCAGCAUUUUGUCUAUGGGGCCAUAUAGAUCAUAUUAUCUGUCUAGCUAACACCACCUAGCUUGGUUUCUCUCUCCCCCACCCAAGGAAAAAAAAUCCUAUGUGAUUGCAGAUACUUUUGGGCUCCUUGUACCAUUGCUGGAUGCUGGAUCAAUCCUGAGGCUCUUGUUCCCAAGCAGGUCUGGGAUUAAUCACUGGGACAGUGUCCCGCUCUCUUCCCAAUCACAAUGUUCCAAGUCUGUGCUUUUGAAAGAGGCUGGGAUAUGGCCUGGCCUCGUUGCACUCUGAAUGCAACGGGGCCCCGUUUUCGGCUCUCUACCACUCCUGUGCACCAUAUUGCAUCAGACAUUUGUUGCUCCUCCCCAGCUGCAGGCCAGCCCCCCAACAUCUUGCCUUUCUGGUUUCCCUGCAAAUCCCUUUGCCACUUUUUAAUGCACACUUGCUCCUCCAGUUGAAACGUAGCUUGAGAGGAGCCCGUACCAACUUUGAGGAUGGCAUGAGGGAAUGUUAUACAGAUGAUGAAAAUCUUGGACUGUAUUUCCCUGUGUGUUGUGCACCUCCCUGUCACAUCACUUGUUUAAAGGAGGCGGCCUUCCAUCCAUGCUGAACUCCCUUCCUGCUAUUGUGCUAGCAUGCCUUCUUCCUAGUGCCAGUCUGGAGGUGUGCUGUGAGGGCACCCUGCUUUCUUCCCAGCUCCCUUUCCUGAGCCAUUGAGAUCCCUCAAAUAAUUGAUGCUGGACCCGGGAAAGGGUGGUCCUUGUCCUGGGUGCAAUGCUGCUGCAAACCUGUACUGCUGCUACUGCCAUUUUGUAAGUGGGAGUGGGAGCAAGCAGAGAUAUGGGACGUGAUUGUAAAGUGUUUUCUCUUCCUCCUCCUCAAGUUAAUGAGGGCUGGCCCUUGAUGUGUAGCUGCCCUUGUCUUCCUUUGCGCUCUAGGUCUCUUGUCCUCUGCGUUGUGCUUGCUGUCUUGUAACCUUACCUGUUUUGGCUCUGAGGUUAUUCAAAGGCUCUUCAGAAGUGUAAGAAAUCUGUCAUGAUGUCACUUGUGUAGGUGUGGCUAAUCUAUGGCAGGAGAUCCUUGAUCCUUGGGGGUGGAAGAUAGGGGAAGGACAGGCCCUACACUAGCCCCUCUGGCCCUGUUGCUGCUAUUAAUUUUCUCAGAAGCUGGUGGUCCUGCAAAUAGUUGCACUGGCUCCCUCUUGUGGUCCAGCUACCUGGCUUUGUUGCAAUUGUACUGUUUUUUUAAUAGGUGGGUUGGGAACAUAAGCAUCCCUUUGUGGUUCGUUCUUGCUUGAAUGUUGAUGUUGUGCCAGCAACCACCCCAGACUCUUUGGAAAUGUGACAGCACCUCCAUCUUCAACCUUAAUCCAUGCUGCUGUUGCAGACUCCCACUGGUGGCUGCUUCCUAUCUUCCCAUCACCAAAAUAACCUAAUACUUGAAUGGGAUGCCAGUGAGAGAGAAAGAUCAGCAAGCUUUGCUGUUGCAAUCUUUGGAGAGAGCCAAAAUACUGUCACCCUGUUGUGCAGCCUGCUCUUGGGCUGUGUGAGCUGACGGUUGUCCUUCUCUCCAGCUCUGCAUGGCACCGGUUCCUGCUGCAUCACCGUAGAAAGCAUCUUUAUACAUCCAAUAAAGUUGAAAUGUCCAUAUUUAUCCAGCACUG